AUGUAAACUCAUAUUAACAUUUCAGAUUAAGCGUAAGAUGAUACCAAGUAAAUUGAUGAGACUAAACAGGAAGAUCUUGCAAUGAUAGAUACUACUAUUCAUCCUGAUCAACCUGAGGUUGAAAUGGAGGCCAUUGAGGCUUCGUUAGUAGAGACUCUAAAACAGCAAUCUCUACUUAUUUAGACGGCUAUUGACAAGAAGGAAGAACCUGCUGAUAUUUUAGACUAAAUCAAUAAAAUGCUCAGCAAAAGAUAUGAACAAAUAUGGAACGAAUUAUUCAACGAGGAGUCUGACUCAGUCUCCCGCAGAAGUGAGUUUUAUAAAGUUGUGUUCAAGCAAUCAGCAGACAAAUUCCUAAGCACUAAAUCUAUUUAGAAUCCUGAAUACCUUGCCCUUAUCCUGAAGUUCUUCAGAAAUAUACUUGUCAACUUCUUCCCUAGGGAUGUAGGAGCAGAAAUUUUGGCUGAAAUAGUGCACUCUUUGUUCAAUCUUGAGGCACCAUUAUAUACUUUGGCUCUACAAUCAUCUAAAAAGAGGCAGAUUAACCAAUCGGAGCAGCCUCAUAUACUGAGCAUCGAUGAUGAUGACCUCAGUGUAGAUCAAAGAAGAAUAAAGAGGGAGUAUCAGUGGAGAUCCUAGCUCAAAGAAGGAGACAGACUAGAUGUGAUAUAUAGGAAAUAAAUCACCAAUCAUAGAAUAUCCUAAUGGCAAAAAGCCUCAGUGAUCUAAGUUUUAGAAGAUGAUAAACUAUAUGUAUCCUUCUUGAAUGAUAUGCCAUUAAACAAUUCACUGGUGAGCAGAUAUGGUCCUGAGAUUGCUGAACCUGAUACUUUUACUGAUGAUAUGGAAUGGAGAUUCGCUAUUCAAAAAGGAGACCUUUUUGACGGUUUAGAUGGUGAAACUAUUUGGUAUAAGUCUACAUGCUUGGAUACUCGAAGAUUUAGUAUUGGUCCUGCCCCAGGAGACCCUAAUGUGGUUAACAGAUAUAUCAAUGAGAUCUAUGUGGGCUAUAGGUACUAUGACGAGGACGAAGGACACAAAUGGGAUGAUGACGGGAGAAAAUUUGUUGGUUGGAGCAAUAGAUACGAUGAAUGGAUAUCAGUUACAUCUCCUACCAUUCAAAGGCUUAACACUUUGGUAAAGCAAUACACUAAUGUCUCUAAAGCUCAAAUGAUAUAUGAUACUGUAAUUGAUGAUAUCUCAGAUGUCAUUUACAACUGCAAAGAUAUCAAAGUGUGGGCAGUUUUCAGAAACAACUUCUUUUCAAAUUUGAGCUCAAUUCCUGACUACUUAAAUGAGUUUGGUGCAAAAGGAGGAUACGAUAAGAUUUUGGAGUUCUUAAUGAGCUAAAACAUAGAAAGAGUAAAAUUGUUUGCUUUAAUUUUUAUUUAGACAAUCUCGCUUAAGCAUAUUCAGUUGAUACUAGAUUUCCUUUCAAAGACUUAGACCUUGUGGCAUAGAUAAUUCAUGUGCAAAUUCAUUCCUCUACUAAGAGAAGCAGCAGAAUACGCUGUUUUGCACAGAGAUAACAAGAACGGUGGUGCACUCUAACAGAAGUUUACAAAGGAAUCACUUCUAGGAGUCCAAAAAGCCCUCUAAGGAGUGAUAAGAAGAUACUAUACCCAAGAAAAGUACGCUCAACUGAUGGCUGAGUUCAACUUCAAUAUUGGUUUCUAACUAUUGAGAUCAGAAAAGCUUGAACAAAGAAUCCUAGGAAUCAAGGAGAUUAUUGAUCAAAUUAAGAACACAAAGUUUGCAGCAAGAAAGAUGAUUAGUUCAAAGGAUGUGAUGAAGAAACUCAAGACUGACAACGUGUUUGAGCAAAUUUUUGGAGAGAACUACCAUAUCCAACUCAUCCAGAGGUCGCAGGAGAUCAUAAAGUUCUACAUAAAUGAAAAAGAGAUAACUGAAGUUGAAAUCGAUCAAAUCUGGUAGGCAACCAAAAGAGAUCAGUAGACUAAGAUGGAAAUAUAUAAGAUUAUCCAGGAAGUAGCAAUAAUGUUCAAAUAGGAUGAAGUAGAAAUGCUGGUGCAAAGAUUCUCUGAAGUUCCACCUGAUCAAUUCGUAGAAAAAGAGAUUGAGUGCGUCUAUGAAUUAGCUAAGUACUCUUAUAAGCAGUAAACAUUCUCAGUGAGAGCAGCGAAGCUAUUUUGGGAUAUUGCUGUCUAAGAGAGGCCCUAUAAGAAGCAAAUCAUUGAGAUUGCUAUGGAAAAGUUUAUUGACCUUAUUAGAAACUGGGACAGGGAACAAAAAGGAGAGUUCAUUGCUAAGUGUAUUGCCAAAAUUAAGAAUCACCAAUCAACUGUUUAAUCAAUCAAAAUUGUUCAAAAGAUUCUUGAUCAAAUACCUAAUUACAGAGUAAACAAUUUGCCUACAUUAUUUGAUAUGGCGAAUCAACUAAUUAAACAAGAAGACAUUAUAAACUUAGUUAUCUAUGACUUCAUUUACUACAAUGAUAUUGUUAACGAUCUAUGGAGCAAAAAUAUACUCAAUGAAGGAAAUAUUGACACUAUUGAUAUAUUGGAUAUUCCAUUUAGUCACAGAGCUCAGUCAUUCACCAGAUUAAAUUUUGUUAGAUAGAUGCUCCAAAACAGCAACACAUAACUUGAUCAAAUGCAACUUGAUUAAAUCUGGGAUUUAAUGCUAGUGAGAUCAAAAAUUUCAAUUGAUUCUGACAUAUUCUUCAACUGGUUUAAGCAAUUACUUAGCGAUCAAAGCAAACUUUCUCCAGAGUUGAUACUAAAUUUCUUCCAAACAAAAAUGUGCGGAGCAGAUGUUAGCUUUAAGUACAUAAAAAAGGCAGGAUUCGAUUGCAUUCUUCAGAUCUUUUUAAAGAUAAACGAGUAAGAUGAUAGAAUUCAUCUAAUUUCAUUACCUACCUACAACAGUAGUGCUGCUAUUUAGACCAAAUUAGAUUUUAAGGUGCAUGUUCCUCCAAAAGACCUCAUUGGAAUUGAUCUACUAUGGAAACUUUUGGCUUAAUGUGACAAGAAAAAUAGUGAUUUAACUGCUGCAGUGAUAGAUCUCAUUACAAAAGUUUACCAUAAUCUAUCUUCUGGGCUUGAAGAAAAGAAACAUGAAAUUGAAGAUUAGUUCUGUAGAGAAUGCCUCUAAAAAUUGCAUGACAUAAUAGUUAAUCCAGAAGUCAUAGAGGAUGAUAAAAAGUAAAUCAUCAAAAUUAUCACUGUAAUGAUGAAAUCCUUCUUUAAUGACUCUGAAAGAAAUGGAACUGGCAAUAUGAGACCUCAUUCAGGAUUAAGCAGAGGGAAAUUAACUGAGAAACUCAUAAUACAGAAUAACAUCACAAAUAUGAAGGCUACACCAAGAUACAUCGAGGUGAAUGUGAAUUCUAAUAUGACGGUUUGGCAAUUAAAGAAACUUAUAGCUGAGAAAUUAAAGUAAAGCCCACUUAGAAUCUAGUUGAACAGAAUCGAUGCUAAGAAAAGAGCUCCAACAGAUUAAGAUCAUCAAACAUUACUAAGAGAUUUAAGAUUUGAGCCAUAUGAAAUACUGCAUGCAGCUAAAAAGCCUAUUACAUACCAAGCUAAAACCACUUUGAUCAAUAAGAAAAAGGAGCUAGUACCUUUGGCAAGAGAAAUCUUUGCUUCCUGGUUUAAAAAAUUCUCAACUGCAGAUGGAUUUAUGACUCCAGAUACAUGUGUUGAAUUUAUUAGAAACUCAACUAAUGAUCCAUCUGUACUGAUGACUGACCCAAGAGUAGUGAGAUUAUUUAAUGAAUAUGAUAAAGAUAUUGAUGGAAAGCUAACUGAAGAAGAGUUUUUGGAGUUUUAUAAAGAUAGAUCAAUAUAAAAGCCUGAUCUUGUUUGGAGUAAUCUACAAACUCAUGGUAUAGGUAAUGAUCUUAAACCACAAUCAAGCUAGAAUUAAACAGAGGAUCCAAAUGAAAUUAGAGAUCCAUAAGCAUUGCCAAGAUUCAAACUCUCUAAAGAUCAGGAUAUCUUCAACGAAAUAUUUAACUUGAUGGAUAAAUGCGGAAGCGGGUCUUAAAGUGAGCUUUGGAUUCUUAUUGGAAACUUAAGGACCAAUCCUUUAAUUUAUGCAAAGUUACUUUCUUUAAGUAGUAUCAGUGAACUAGUUGAAGAUACAUCAGCCUAUAAACUUCUCUAUAAUCUCUAGAUUCUUGAGUAAUUUAUUGAUUAGUACUCAAUCCAAGAGAGUCAGAAUAUUAAAUGCUACUUUGUUGAGAAUUAAGAAUACAAUAGUUAAUUCCCUCUAUUAGACGCCUAGAAUAAUAACAGCAAUCAAAAUAGUUAAAAUGUCCAGAGCGACAACCUGAAUGAGCAGAAGAGAGAUGUUCAAAAUGCAGCUCCCUAAUCUGGGAUUGCUAUUCCUUUGCCUCCUCAAGAUCAAAGUAAUGUUCCCAUUCCACCGUCGCAAGGUAUCUUCAUUGGGCCCAUUGCUCCAAGUAAUGCUGGCUAAAAUCUUAAUAACACUUUAACUAAGAAUAAGGAAAUGCUUGAAAAUUUCAAAGGGCAUAUAAUAACAGAGCCAUAUGAAGAUAAAAUAAUUUCAGAUGAGGAAAUCGCUCAAAUUCUGGAAAUUUCGAACGUUGAGGAAGUAAUUGAAAUGAGAUAAAAUUGGAUCUAGAGUUUUGUGCUGAACAAUGGAUUCUCAGUACUUUGCAUAUUCUUAAAGAAUUUGAUGGAAAGUAAUGUUCCAAAUGGUAUCUUGUAAAAUCCAUAAGAUAGAGAAUGCUUAAAUUAAGUGCUGAAAACAAUGAAGCUUCUUAUACUUUCAACAUUCAUGGGAAGUGCAUAAUCAUCAGAAAUAACUCUAGAUCUGCAGAAGAAUUUAUCUUAGCCAGCUAAGAUUGAGGAGGAUGUAGAUAUUGAUAUAAUGGAAAUUCUUGAAAAGUUAGAACCCACUACAAUUUCUGCUACACAAAUUCCAUUUCUCUCAUAGACCAAUAAUACGGCCAACGGUACUAGUAGUGCUGGCCCAUAACUGCUCAAGAGAGAUACCAUUUAAGCUGAUCAAGAUAAUAUCGGAAAAUAAUUUGAACCUUUAAUAAACAUACUAAGAGGUGAGCUUGGACAAAGGAUUUUGGACUCAAUGAACUUUUCUGAGUUUUAAUAACAGAUUUUAAUGAUAGUCAAAGCCAUAGUUUGCAAAGAUAAAAUAGUAAACGAUGAUAAAUCGAAUGUAGAAUCAGCACUUUAACUUUGGAUCUCGGUUAUUCUUUACAACCCUGAAUUAUUAUAACAGAUCUAUGACGACUUUGAUAAAAAUAAUAAGUCCAGCAUAGUUGGAACCAUUAUUGAGAAGGGUCUUCUCUGUAAUAACUUCUCAGUUAGAGAUUGUAUAAAAGAGGGCUUCAAAUUCCUUUAUACUAAGGUCAAUACUCCAAACCUUAGUGAAGCUCCAUAUAUCUUUUUCUUGAGAAUAAUGAUUUAAAAUGUUCAGUUAGUUGAAUACAAGUCAAGAGAAAGCAAAUAAUUCUUUAUGGUGCUUAGAGAUUUAUUUGAAGUCUACUACGACGCUGAAGCUAAAUAGAGACCAGACUUUAAGCAAAUAAUUAAUGCAAGAGAACUGGCAUAAGAAUUCGUAGUUAAACUAAACACGUAUGAAUCAAAAGAGAAAAAGAAUACUUAUCUGGAGGAUACUAAUCUGGUCGGUUUUCUUAACAUGUUAAAUACUCUAGUUAAGAACAAUCCAGAUUGCUUAGAACAGACUGAAUAUAUUGGCAUAUCAGAGUAUUUAAUAGAAAAGUGUCUAUUUACAUUCAAACUUGAACCACUUGAAAAGCAUAUCACCAAGGAAGUUGAUAUACCAGCAUUUGAGAAACCAUUUAUUAAUAAGUGUCUCACGACUGAUUCAAGAAUAGCUUGCUACAAUCUAAUUCAAACUAUGUGCAGGUUACAGCCUAAAAUUAUUGGAGGAUUGAUCUCGAAGUAUCUUCACCCACUACUUUACAUAAUCUAGAAACCUAAAAAGUCAGGGUUUGCCCCAAGAUCAGAAACAAGAAGCUUCCAUGGAUUCUGUGGAAUUAGAAACCUAGGAUGUAUUUGCUACAUGAACGCUAUGAUAUAACAGUUCUACCACAUUCCAACUUUUAGAUACUGUUUAUUAGCCACAUAAGAUAAUCAGCCAAUCAAUCUCCAAGAAUUUGAAAAUGAAAAGGUUGACGAUAACAUGCUCCAUUAACUCAUGAAAUUCAUGGGAUUCCUUGAAUUAUCAGAAAGAUAAGAUUACAACCCCAGAGAAUUCUGUUUUUCAUUUAAAGAUUUUGCAGGAUAGCCAACAAAUGUGAGAAUUCAGCAAGACUCACAAGAAUUCCUUAAUCUAGCUUUCGAUAGACUUGAGAGGCUUUUAGCAAACACAAGCUAGAAAUAUUUACUUCAAAAUAUUUUUGGAGGAUAGACUUGCUCAUUGAUGAUUUGUAAGAAUUGUGGAAAUCUUAGACAGAUGAAGGAGAAUUUCUACAAUCUCUCCCUAGAAGUCAAAAACCAAAAGAGUAUCUAUGAUGGACUCAAGAAAUUCAUUACUGGAGAAAUUAUCAAUGAUUUCUUAUGCGAAGCUUGCAAUUAAAAAGUUGACGUGGAAAGAAAAACUGUAAUUGAAAAGCUGCCAAAUAUGCUUAUUGUGCAUUUAUAGAGAAUUGUAUUUGACUAUGAUACAUUCUAAAAUGCUAAACUAAAUUCAAGAGUCGAAUUCCCUAACGUGUUAAAUCUUAAGCCUUACAUGCUAUCAGAAGUAAUGAAACAAGAAAAAGAACUUUUAAAACAGGCGAGAAAGGAUAAAAAGAAAAAGGAGAAGGAAAUUGAAAAAGAGAUUGGGUAAAAUAAGAAAAAAGAGGAGUAAGUUAAAAUUGAAGAAGGCAAGAUUGAAGAGGGAAGCGAUGAGAUUUAGUUAGAUAAAAUGGAAAUCAUAGGAAACUCUCCUACAAAGAAUGAGAAGGAUGCAUCUAGUGAUGAUGAGAAUGAUCAACCAGAUAUAAUGGAGAUUGAUGCUCCUGAAGAAGAUUACCAGUACAAAUUAGUAGGUGUUGUAGUUCACAUGGGUACAGCAGAUGCAGGUCAUUAUAUUUCAUAUAUCAAUAUUACCAGGGGAGUGAAAAAUGAGGAGACUCCAGAAUGGCUGCUUACUGAAAAAGAAAACUGGCUUGAAUUUAAUGAUUCUACUGUUAAGGACUAUAGAUUCGCAAAUUUAGAAGAGGACUGUUACGGUGGAGGAUCAUCAUCUAACUCAGGUAAUUUCUAGAACUCAGACAUGAAAAACGACUAUUCAAGGAAUGCUUACAUGCUGAUCUAUGAGAAGCGUAGAAAAGAAAAGAUCAAGAUCGUGAUCCCUGAGUAAAUAGUCUAAUAGUCGCAAUCAUCUUCUUCUCUAGAUUGCGAUGGUACCGCAAUAUCUAGAGAUCUUUCCUAACAUCAUUUGUUUUACGUCGUUCCCUAACUAUAGGAGAACCUCCUGAACAACAACAUCAACUAAGUCCUAUUUUAUGAUGAAAGUAGCAAAGAACAUUACUCCUUGGUUGAAUUUAAUUCUGCCAAAAAAUUCGUGCCAAAUGAAAUCUACAAGAUGGUUCAACGUGACAACUAUCUAUUCUUAACAGAAAAGUCGAUCUUCAAUAACAAUUUCUUUGAGACAACUAAGAUUCUUGUAGAUACAUUAAUAUAAAACGCUCCCGAAGUACUGUAAGAUAGCGAGAGCAACUAAAAUCAAUUAUUAUUUGAUUUCCUAAGAAGGCUUAUCUUUGAUCUCUUAUCAAUGACAACUGAAAACAAAUAGCUUUUGGAAAUGACGAAAUUGCUAUUAAGAAUGAUAGAUCUAAAUGAUGCUUAGCUUCUAAAAAUUGUUGAUGAAUAGAUUUUACUUGAUAAGUCUAAACUUGGCAAGGAUCAAAAGUCCUUUUUAGAAAGUUUAUUGACUAAUAUGGAUAAAGAUAUGAGAGAAAUGAACCAAUUAAUUCUAACUUCAGUUGUCAACAGACUAUUCGCUAUCAAUAGAAUCGAUGUGGUAGAUAGCAUUAUGAAUCAAAUAUUUGCAAUGAUCCCAGAGGAUUUCUAUAAAAAUUGGCUAAAGCUACAUCAGAUACUACAGUUCCUCUUCGAUGUAACUAAAAGUGGACAUGCACAAAUGAGUUAUAUGGUUGAACAUAAGUUAAUCAGCAAACUCAUCGAUUUUUAUAUGGAGAAUGAUAGUCCUUUGGUUGGAAAUAAAAAGAGAUAGGUUAUGGGAUCAAACUAUGCUUAGCCUCCACUAGAUAAUUUGAUCCUCAUCAUAAGCAUAAUAUUGAGGAACUAUAAGAGAGUUAUUCUAGAAUCAGACAACUAAGAGAGCUUUAAUGGCUAAAGUAUGCUAUAUAUGGCUAUGUUCCCUGAAGAGCUACCUCCAUUGUCAGAUGAGGAUAUAUUCAUGCUCAAUCAAAAAGCAUUCUGGUCAAAGAAUAUGAAGGCUGGAUAUUAGAGAGUUGAAUUCGGAAGAUUGAUUGCAUAGAUGUCUUUCUUCAAUUUGCAAUUUUCUAGGAAAGUUGCUAAGAGACUAGUCAUUGGACUAAAUAAAGCAUCUGCUGAUGAAGUGGAACCUUAUCUUUACGUUGUUCAAUCUCUUUUGCUUCUUAAUGAUCCCUACAAGCAAUUUAGACUAGAAUGGAUCCUAGGUAUCCCAUAGCUUAAGGUUGAUAAGACAAUGAUAUAUAACCAAGACGUGAGCAUAAUCAAUACCAAGUUAGGAGUGCAGAUUUUGGAUUCAGCCUCUGAUGAUGUCUAUGAAUAUAGAUCCACAUUGUUUAAGCAAUCAACAAAUACCAGAUAGAGUUUCCUUCAACUUGUUUAUUAAUUCAGAAGAUCCUGGUCAAAGUAUACUUUCUAAUUGCUAAUGUCACUCCUUUAAGGUUGCCAACAGGACCCUACUGGAUAUCUGUUGCAUUACAUAAAAACACUUGAGCCAUCAAACUAUUGCAAUGCAAGAUAUAUAGACUGGAUAGGUCCAUUUAUAGAAGAUUAGUUUGAAAAUAUGAAGAAAUUCCCUACUACCACAUCUUAACAGGAGUAUAUAAUGGUUGUUUAAUUAAAAGCUAUUUUGGAUGCAUUGUUUUACCCUUAGAAAUAAAUUCCUUAACCUACUUCAGAAUAAGUUCAAGUAGAUGUCCAAAUUGAAUCUCUCCAAUAGGAUAAACCUCAAGAAUAGAUGGAAUCUAUUUAAUCCUCCAACUAAUAAGAUACAAUUAUCAACACUAGUUUGAAUAAGCCAAGCAUCAUAAGUUAUGACUCAACUGAUGGUGGUCCAGAAUAGUAUAUAAUUUGGGAUGUUAUUGAAGAAAAAAUCAUUAAAGACCAUAUUAUGUUUGAUGAAAAUAUAUAGAUUACAGUAAAGGAAUACACCGUAAGAAUUACAGAGUCUAAGCCAGAUGGAUUAACAAACAAAGUUUUUACCCCGGAUCAAUUCUAACAGCUAGGUAGAGGUAGAAAUAAUGAUAAUCAAUCAAAUGUAGGUAUUAAUAACUAGCCUAGAAGAAGAAAAUACGGCAGAGGCGCUGGAAAUUAUGAUGUUUAGCAAAAAGGAAGUCACACUGUUAUGCUUGCUUAAAAGAGAAAUCCCUUGAAGAGAGGUGCUGGCUAAAAGAAAAAGAGAAAUCACAAUAAAGAUAAGGGCUAGCCUCUAGAGUUUUAGCAAAACUUCCAAGGAGGUAAUUAAUAAGAUGCUGACACAGUCAUAAUUGAUGAUGGAGAGGAAAAUCAAAAUCAAGAUGAUUCAAUGGAUGUAGAAUACUAAGAUGAUAACCAUGGCGAUGAUUACUAUCCCGAAAAUGAGAAUUCUCAAGGAGCUAGAGAGUACUACAAUUAUGGAACUACUUAAAUUGCUCCUUAGGAUAAUUUCUAAGAUCCCACAAACUAAGUUUAUGAUCCCUAAGAAGAGAAUAGAAUUUAUUAGGAUGGAAAUAACCAAAUAGAUUAGGAUUAUGAAAAGCAAAACAAGGGUGUAGUCCCAGGAAUGACUACUUUCAAAGAUGAAAAUUAAUAUUCUACUCUCAAAUAAGAUAGUGAACCAUAUGUAACUGAAAACAACUAAGAUCAAUAGCAAAUACAAGAAGAAAAUACCGAAUUCCAUGUUAAUUAAAAUUAGAAUGAAAAUUAACUUGCAACUGAUGCCUGGGAAGCAGCAGUUUCGUGCGUUCUAGUUUUUUCUGUAACUAAUCUUGAUAAAUCAAAGCCGUAAACAGUGACUUUGACACUAAUGAAUUCUUCACAGGUGAAUGACCCACCCAUUAACUUCAGAAUACCUGCUAGUCCUAUCCCUGCUUUGCUAAUGGGAAGUAAGGAGAGAGAUAUCGCUGUUUUCACUAAGCUGAGACCAUUUGAAGAUUGGGGUAACUACCAAUAUUACAUUCAAGUUGUUCAGCCCAAGAACAGUGAUGGCGGAGCAAAUGCAGUCAAUCAUGCUAGAGUUGGAAUAGCUCCUAUUAUUUAGACUAAUAGCAAUGUUUCUGGUCCCAUUAUGAUCGAUUCCAAUGUUGGAGUAGGCUAUGACGAAAUUAUGGAUGCAGAGAUGGGAGGUACUGGCGCUGCUGACUACAAGGAGUGCCCCACUUGCACUUUCCAUAAUCUUACUCUUCUCAGUUUCUGUGAAGUGUGUGGCUCAUCACUUUGA